UGCGCAGCCUCGGAAGCCGGCGGGCGGUACAGCGGCGGCGGCGGCCACGGCCGGGAGCCCCGACGGGAGGGGCCCCGGGUCGUUGGGAGGCGGCCGAAUCCCGGCGUCGCCGCCGCCGGCGGCGGCCCGAUGAAUCGGGGCACCAUGCCCCAGCCCGGAUCGUGGCCGGGCGCGAGCUGUGCUGAGGAGCCGGCGCGGGAGGCGGGGGCCGCGUCCCCGGGCCCCGCGAGAGCCGCGGCGCGGGAGGGCGGGAAGGCGGCGGCCGGCGGGCAGCCGCGGACCGCGGUGCGGUGCUCAGCCGAGCAUGAGGAGGACAUGUAUCGUGACGCGGAUGAAAUAGAAAAGGAGAAAGAAUUACUUAUACAUGAAAGAGGGUUAUCAGAAGCCAGAUUAAGUGUAGCUCCUGAAAUGGACAUCAUGGACUACUGCAAAAAAGAAUGGAGGGGAAAUACACAAAAAGCCACGUGUAUGAAAAAGGGCUACGAGGAGGUGUCGCAGAAGUUCACCUCUAUACGGCGAGUCCGUGGAGACAAUUACUGUGCGCUGAGGGCCACGCUGUUCCAGGCGAUGAGCCAGCCGGCAGCGCUGCCGUCCUGGCUGCAGGACCCGGAGCUCACGCUGUUACCAGAAAAACUCAUAAGCAAAUACAGUUGGAUCAAGCAGUGGAAACUUGGACUGAAAUUUGAGGGGAAGAGCGAGGACCUGGUUGAUAAAAUUAAGGAGUCCCUCACACUGCUAAGGAAGAAGUGGGCAGGCUUGGCAGAACUGAGAACUGCUGAAGCGAGGCAGAUAGCUUGCGAUGAACUGUUCACAAAUGAGGAAGAGGAAUAUAGCCUCUAUGAAGCUGUAAAAUUUCUAAUGCUAAACAGAGCCAUUGAACUAUACGAUGACAAAGAGAAGGGAAAGGAAGUACCAUUUUUCUCUGUGCUUCUGUUUGCUCGGGACACCUCGAAUGACCCUGGACAGCUGCUAAGGAACCACCUAAACCAGGUGGGACACACUGGUGGCCUUGAACAGGUGGAAAUGUUCCUUCUUGCCUAUGCCGUGCGCCACACCAUCCGGGUGUACCGGCUUUCCAAGUACAGCACUGAAGAAUUCAUCACGGUCUACCCCACCGACCCACCCACGGACUGGCCAGUGGUGACCCUGAUCGCCGAGGACGACCGGCACUACAACAUCCCCGUCAGAGUGUGCGAGGAGACGAGUCUGUGAGGGACGCGUACCCGGACGGCCCGGGCGGCCACACGGCCGAGGUGCCCUGGCAGCUCCCUGCCGCGGCCUGCGGGCUUCCAGGUCUCUUCGGGUGACCCACGGGGACUGUCGGGCCGGGCGAGCCAAGCUGGACUGGGCUGUUCUGAGGACGGCUUUUGGUCGUUAGAACUAACCAGGGGUUUUCCCUCAUCUUUGAUGCGAUAUGUUUCCUCGGGGGCCUUCAGAGCACUUCUUUUGGAAGGUACAAACUACAUCUUCUCCAUAAAACAAACCUUUUGUAUCAGAGGAGACGCCUCUCGGAGAGGAGUGUGUUCUUCACGUCUCAGAAGUAGACUCUCUAAUGUAAACUGGUCUCAGUUUUUUCUCAAGAUAGUCAUUUUUUGUUUUGGGGGUGAUGGGUCUCCGGAGUGCCCGUCCUAUGCAAUUUGGCUUACGUGGCCUAACUCUGAGGCGGAGCCUGUUAGGGGCACAGUCAUAACGUCCCCUGAUAGUCUUCCUGAGCACUGGUUCGGGCUUACAUGUUCAUUAAAGCUAUCCUAAGCA